UAUAGAGAGAGAGCGGGGCUGUGGUCAGUCUGAUCGUUGCUCCUCGCCAUAGGUGAUGUCUGGGCAUAAAAGCAUGAAACUGGACACAGAGAUGCGCUCUCGGAGCUCCGCCCCUGAAUAACAUCACCAUCACCAUCAUCAUCAUCAUCAGAGUCGGAGAGGAAUAACUGGAGGGCACGAGAGAGGACGCACGCGGACUGUCAACCUGCUGCACGCGUCGCGUUCAUCCGUCGCCUCUGAAUGCUAAUAUGAGGAAGCCUCUGGUGUGCUGAAGGACAUCUGGAUUUACUGUACAAGUAGCGUUCUCAGCAUGCGCUAAGCCCGACUGUAGCGUAACGAGAGAGUGUUGAAGCAGAGAGAACGGCCAUGGCCUCUGACAUCCAGCGCCAUCCGAUUGUCUGCGUCCGCCAGUGCUCCUGGAAGAAACUCAGGCCUGCGCGGGUGUUUGGCCUCCUCGUUAGUCUCAUAGCAAUAAGUGCAGUGGCCUUGUCAUGGCGAGCCACUGCUCAGUGGGAGGGGCUACAGAGCCACGCCCCACAGAGGACACUGCUCUCCACACACCUGGAGGACACACCCAUAGCCAUGCGCUCGUCCGCGGAGUCAAACGAGAGUCAGGGGGACUAUCCGACUGAUCUGUUCAGUUUGGAGGACCGUCGGCGCGGUGCUGUCGUCUUACACAUGUUUGGCAUGCUCUACAUGUUCAUCGCUCUCGCCAUCGUCUGCGACGAGUUUUUUGUCCCCGCGCUCACGGUCAUCACAGAGAAGCUCAAGAUCUCUGAUGACGUGGCAGGAGCCACCUUUAUGGCGGCCGGGGGCUCGGCUCCUGAGCUCUUCACCUCCGUCAUCGGCGUAUUCAUUUCCCAUAGUAACGUGGGCAUCGGAACCAUCGUCGGCUCCGCUGUGUUCAACAUCUUGUUCGUCAUCGGAAUGUGUGCCGUCUUCUCCAAAGAGAUCCUGAACCUAACGUGGUGGCCUCUGUUUAGGGACGUCUUCUUCUACAUUGUCGGCCUCAUUAUGCUCAUCAUUUUCUUCUUGGAUAACUUCAUCACGCACUGGGAGAGUGUCAGUCUGCUGCUGACCUAUGCCACCUAUGUGAUCUUCAUGAAGUUCAAUGGGAAUGUAGAGUCUUUUGUCAAGGGCAUCAUAAACAGAAACCAGGUGGUGGAAGUGGAGGCCCAGCCAAAGUUGAGCCCUGCUGCAGUGGAGGAUGAGAACAAGCUGUCGGCCAAGCCCCGGCUGCAGAGAGGAGGAAGCUCCGCCUCUUUACACAACAGCCUAAUGAGGAACAGCAUCUUUCAUCUGAUGAUCCACACACUCGACCCUCUCAGUGAAGAAUUCGCUGACUCUGAGCUGGGGACUUAUGGCAAGCUAAAAUAUUAUCACUCAAUGACCGAGGAAGGAAAAUUCCGUGAGAAAGCGUCCAUCCUUCACAAAAUUGCCAAAAAGAAAUGUCAGGUGGAGGACUCAAAUGGAGUUGCUGAUAAAAAUCUGCCGAACAGCUCAAAUGUGGAGGUGGACGUGACUCCACCGAUGAACGGCACCGCUGGACAGGACGGAGAUACCGGUGAAGAGGAUGAUGAGGAAGAUCAGCCUCUGAGCCUGUCGUGGCCCGAGUCCAAACGCAAGCGCUUCAUGUAUCUCUUCAUCCUGCCCAUAAUCUUACCUCUGUGGUUCACGCUGCCGGACGUCCGGAAGACCAGUUCCAAGAAGUUUUUUCCCGUUACGUUCCUGGGAGCGAUUUGCUGGAUCGCGGGAUUCUCCUACCUGAUGGUGUGGUGGGCUCAUCAGGUUGGAGAGACUAUAGGAAUCACAGAGGAGAUUAUGGGACUAACGAUUCUAGCAGCGGGAACCUCCAUCCCUGAUCUGAUCACCAGUGUCAUCGUGGCCCGAAAGGGUCUGGGAGACAUGGCAGUGUCCAGCUCUGUGGGCUCCAACAUAUUCGACAUUACUGUGGGGUUACCACUCCCAUGGCUGCUAUACUCCAUUGCCAACAGUAUGAGCCCGGUUCGGGUGAGUAGUAACGGUCUGUUCUGCGCUAUCGUGCUGCUCUUCAUCAUGCUCCUCUUCGUCAUCAUCUCCAUCGCCGCCUGUAAGUGGAAGAUGAGCAAACUGCUGGGCUUCCUCAUGUUCCUGCUCUAUAUCGUCUUCCUGGUGGUCAGCGUCCUGUUGGAGGACAAGGUCAUCGUGUGCCCCAUCUCUAUCUGACGUCCCGUCUCAUUUACACACACCGGCAUGAAGCUAAAACCACGUUCCUGCUGACUUUACCUCACCUCCGUAGUCAUUUAUUUUCUUAUGACAGAGUUCACAGCCUCCUUCACACUUCAUCUAACACCCUGUGUGUGUUUAUGGGGUUUUGCACUUAAAAACAUGCUUUAAUAUUAAUAUUUGUCUUGCUUUCCAAUAAAAUAUCUAAACAUCCUUAAAGGACAUUGCUGAACUGUGUACUUCAGAAGCAAAACUUGUUUAUAGAGAAAAAUAUCUUUUUAUUUUUUAUUUAUUUUUUUUUGGUCUAAUUAAGCUUAAAAUUCAUUAGGCAUACACUUAGAAAUUUCUUAAAACAAAAAAAUAUUUGGCAUUAAUUAAUUAUAUAUGAAGAUAUAUUCAAAAAAAAAAAAAUUCUUACUUAGUAUUUUUGUCUUGUUUUCCAGUGCAAAUAUCUGAGUAUUCAUACAUUUGAGAGUGGAAAUAUCUUAAGAAAAUUAUGUGAGAUAUUAAGUCUUGUUUUCUUGAAUGAAUGAAUUUCAAUGUUAUUUUAGUAACAUUGAGAAACUAGUAUAGUUUUUAAUUCACAUUUUUGAAUCAGUUUUUAUUUUUAUAUUUUUCAUUUUACUUAAAAGUUUGAGUUCAUUUUAGUUUUAGUUAUUUUCAUACAUCAAUUUAGACCUUGCCUUGGCAACUAGCCAAAUUAAAAAGUUUGCAUAUUUGAUUUAAUUUAACCUUUGUUUUAUGUCAAGUAAUGGAAAUGGCUUAUGGUUUUAGUUUUUGUUUCAGUUUUAGUUAACUAUAAUAACCCUGGUUUAUAGCAAUAAGAUAAAUAAUAAGAAAAAUAUUUGUUUCCUUUUAUUUAUUUAUUUAUUUUUAUUAAUAAAUUAAUUUAUCUAUUUUUAUUUGACUACUGAUUCAUUGUUUCCUUUUUAUUAAAUAUCUGAAAUAUUUUUGCUUCUCAAGUAAAUGUAUCUUGAUUUAGAGAUGUUUAGGUCUGUCUUUGAUUUGUACUUGAAAACAUGACACAAUUACAGAGUAAGAAUUUUUUUUUUUUUUUUUUCCAGAAAACAAGUAUUAAUUUAAUAAUAAUGUAAACUCCACUCAUUGAAGUGCUAUUGAUCAUAUGAGAUGAUGUUAAACUAGAGCUGCAACGGUGCACCAAACUGAAAUUUGUCGAUAACUCCUGCACAGAAUCCUUUGAACUGGAUGAGAUUCAUCAACACAGUUAAAACAUUUAUACAGAUUUUUGUUUUUUCUUAUUUAUUUUCAAACAACAUGCACCACGGUUGUGGUCAAAGCGGAUGGAGCUCUGCGUUCAGAAUGAUCUCUGAUUAUUUUUUGGUAGUUUGAAUCACUCUGUAGGGAGCAGUGAGGAUUUCUGCAGACAGACGCUGUGAUUAUAGCAGGCAGCGUUUGCUCAUUUCUCAGUCUCUGUAGGCCGUUUGUUCACGCUGUGAAUGCGCUGCACUGCUGAAUAAUCGCUGGUGUGGAGCAAUUAUUCCAUGAUAUGACAGAUAUAGUGUCCAAAAUUAUUUUCACUUUGCAUGAGCUGAUGGCCAUUGAUCCUUUUUCUGAUUUUUUAUUUUCUUUCUAUUACAUUUAUAUGCUAAUAACAUCUUAAGAACAUGAAACGAAAACCAACUUUCGUGUGGUAGUAGUAAAUAGAAGCAUGGUGUAUUCUGCAUGUUCAGCGAUUACUGUAUGUUUUAAUGGGUAUUUAUUUAUUUAUUCAUAUAUUAUGACCAAUAAAGCACCAGUUCAGCUUUAGAAUAUAACAAAUAAACAAACAAAAAGGUGUAUUAUUAUUAUUAUUAUUAUUUAUUUUAUUUUUUUAACCAAAUGGUACACAAAAUUCAACUGGCCCUAAAACGGAGAAUCUGUGAACCGCUCUAAAAAAGACAAUGACAGACAAAUGCUGGUUGAUGAUGUAUUUUAGAUGUUGAUGGUUGUUCAAACACCUCCUGAAAUAUUACAGCUCUUUGGUUUGGUUUGGUUUGAUUUCGCUUCAGUUCACGGUGAAAUGUAUUGACAGCCACUCCAUUUGAAACUGUGGCGAAUAAUAUCUUUUUAUGGAUCCAGGGUGACACACAGGAAUGUUUCUUUAAAGAAAACACUGAUUACGUACAAGAUAUUAUAAAUAUUUGUAUAUUUUUAUUUAAAUUUUGCCUGUAUGUCAAGAGGCCAAGUAGCCAGAUACAUUGAAUUUGAAGAUAUUGUUUACCUGGUACUGUAUGUCAUCCUUUCUUCUUUCUAUCCUUUCAUUUAAUUUAUAUUUAAUAGCAGUGUAGAGGUAUUUGCGCUGCAUUUUUGAUUGUAAAAAAUAAUUACUGUCUCAUUCACACCGAAGGAGUCUACGAUUACUGCAUGUUGCUUCCCCAAUCAUUAUUAUUCACCCAUUUAUAGAAAAUAUCGCGUUGAAUAAUAUUAUAAACGCGAGGGAAAUGUGUAGUUGCUUAUAGUCUGUAGUUAAGUGUUAAAACCUAGAAAACAUUAGACAUAUAUCGCACUCCCAGCUGCUAAAACCACAUGCAGUGAUUUCCCUAAAUAGUCUGCGUUCACACUCCAUGUAUUUGGAUUGAAACCAGAUCGGAGACGGUAGCGACGCGUUAGAAAAGACAUUUUCAAGUAGGCAAUGCAUGCAUGAAAAUGUGUAGCCUGUUAAUUCAAGAUGUGCUCAUUGCUUAACUGUAAGAUUCAAAGACAAAAUAUUUGCAUAAUGAUUUGCCUAACAAAUAGUUCUUUGGUAACGAACGAGUGUUAAUGUGCUAGCGCUGUCUAAACCUAUUCUAGAGACAUUUAUUAAGAGUAGUGCGAUCCGUGUUACACUAAAGGUGCUUUAGGACUCGAUCUUUGUAAUCUGUACAGACACACAUGUAGUGCAUUUACUAACUAAUAGAGAACUCACUGAUCAAGAAUAUUCACGAUUCACAUUCUGUACACUAGCACUUAUUCCAACAGUGAUUUUAUUUGUGGAGGCAGACGUUUUAUUUGUGUUUUGAAGAAAUUUUGGCGACAGAAAAUCUGAGCGCAGCUGCUGUGUAUGUAUACCUUAGCAAAUACUGCCCUCUAGUGUGUAGUAGGACUUUAUUUUUGUAGGAGUUUUCAAUGUGUAAACCAAGGCCUGUUGUUGCAUCUUUUCUUUGUGAGCAGGCAAACACAUGCACUAAACUUAGAAAUGCUUCUUGAUCUAUUUUGCUGUACUAAAUACUUAUUUUUAGGGAAGAAAUACAAUAUCCUUGUCAGCCCAAUCAUAUGUAUUCCUUCAGAAGAAGCUCUCAUCCAGAUCGCUGAAUGCGUUUUGUUUUCCAUUUCAGUGGUCAUCGAAUGAAAUCUCGUAAGGGUUUUAAUUGUUUUCUGAACCAGUAAAACUGACGAGAGUGAAUUUCAACAGGUCUGGACUGAGCAAAGAAAUGUGUGAAUGUGUAUUAAAUAUAUGACUGUGGAGAUAUUGAUCUGAACUAAUGUGAUUUAUGAUAUCUAUUAUAUCGAUAAACAGAGAAAAAGUUUAAAUUCUCAAACAAUGAAAGGUUUUUAAUAAAAACUGAUGAUAAAGGUGGUAUUAAAACUGAUAUAAGCAGUAUAUAUGUAGCUGUUUGAAAAAGUUUUUUUUUUCUUUCUUUUUUUAUAAAUAAUUGUUUUUCCCAAACUGGAAUCCAGAUUUAUGUAUCAGUAGUAGUUUUCUAUCCUUAUUUGUUACACCAAAGUAUUUAUUAAUUUUCCAAAUUAGCAUCUGCUUUUCACAAUAAUAAUGUAUUUUAUUUUAUUUUAUAUAUGUAUUUUGUCUAAUAAGAGGACUGUACACACUGUUCAAGUGCCCCUGCUUUAUUAUGUGCCUGCUUUCUGGCAGGGUAUGGAUUAUGAUGAUUAAUUUUCAGUUUUAAUUUAGUUUUGUGUCAAACAGGAUUAUUAAUAUGCAUUUUGCAUUUAUAUGUGUCUGUUUAAUUAUUGUUUGUUCACUCCUAAUGAGGCUGAAGUUGAAUGUUUGGCCUGAAUUUACACAAAUCUGGAGUUGCUGAAUGCUGUAUUACACAGCGUAGUGAAAGUGAAAAAGAGUGAAAACGCUGUUUCUGUUCACCUUUUCUGGCUUCAUUUCUUUCAUUUCAUUUCAUUUCAUUUCUGUCUCCACUGUUGUCAUUCUUUCUUCAUAAAACGGCACUUUUGUACUGAAUUACGAGAUCCAUGCCUGAUUAUAGACACGGCAUGUCAACAAUUACUCCAUCACUCUGUUUAACAUCCCAUUUCACUAGUGUUCAUGUGUGUCACUUCAAAUGUACAUAUAUACAGAUACUAAUAAGAACAUAGAGAAACUGUAAAUGCAAAGAAUGUAAUAAAAGAAAUAAAGGCUAAAUAUAAGGGCAGGUUCUCCGUGGUGAAUGAAGUUUUUCAUGGAAUUAGCAGCUGCAAAGAUAUAAAGCUGAAAUAAAGUUGAAGCACACCGA